AUGGCGGACGGCGUUGACAUUGAUUUGUACGAUAAUAUUGAAGACGAGUUUAGUCAGGAUGCAGACUUUGGUGGGGGUGGAGAUUUGUAUGAUGAUGUCAUCACAGCAUCCUCCUCAAGAUCAAGUUCUGAGCCCAUUGACAGGUCUUCGGGAGGGAAACCACCAUCCAGGUCUAACAGUACAUCCAUGCCUUCUGUGGCAUCGACUCACAUGGGGAAGAAAUACAUGCUGUAUAUAGGAAAUCUGACAUGGUGGACAACGGAUCAAGAUCUUGUAGAUGCUAUGACUUCUAUUGGCGUUUCCGAUUUGGUGGAGAUUAAGUUCUAUGAGAACAGAGCGAACGGGCAGUCAAAAGGAUUUGCGUUAAUAGUUGUGGGUUCUGAACAGUCAUCUCGUAUCAUCUUUGAUCGUUUGCCUCGUAAAGAACUGCAUGGACAGAUACCUCAGGUCAACCACUUCACAAAACAGGCUUUAAGUCAGUUUGAAGCCCAGGCUCGUAAGACUGGAGGAGGCGGAGGUCAGGGAGAUGCUGAGCGCAGAGAUGAGAGAGCACCACCAGGCAUGGAUAACCAACACAACGGUAGCCUGAGAAAUGAAAAACGAGGACCUCCACCACCUCCUGGACCUCCGGGAGCCCCAGGAUUUCCCCCUCGCAUGAAUGGACCCCCACCUAGACCUGGACCCCAACCAGUGACAGGUCCCCCUCCACGACCUGCCGGACCCUUGAACUUUGCACAAUUAGUGAGAGCAUGCACUGACUACUUGUCUACAGCUCCACCAGGAGCUAUUCCAGCAGUGGCCGGUCCUCCACCAGGAUUGCCACCAAUGCAACAGCGGCCAGGUCACAAUGGUCCUCCUGGCGUCAGAGGACCGCCACCACGCAUGGAGCCACCUAGGAUGGGUUUACCACCACCUCAGUUUAGGGGUCCACUUCCCAUAGACACACGAGCUCCACCACCAAUCAGACCUGAGUGGGAACGUGCUCCUGGACCUGGGAGGCCCCCCAUGCCAGGAGGGCCCCCAAUGAACAGAGACAUUCUCCGCGGCCUACAACAAGGACCGCUAGCACAACCUCCUCCACCUGGCACUCCGUUUACACCUGGUGGACCACCACCUCAGCCAGUUGCCCCGCCAGGAUUAAGACCUCCUCAUAUUGCUGGACCAGGUAUGCCUCCUCCAAACAUGCCGCCUGUAUCAGGAGCACCUCCUGGUCAUGUGUUGCCACCAGGACAUUCUCCGUUUUAUCCUCCCCCACUUCCUGGCCCGCCACCAAAUGCCGGACACCCUCCUCCUGAUCCAUAUGGACGAGCUCCUCCAGCAUCAUCUUAUCCUGAGAUUCAGUAUUCCAGACCACCACCUGAAAGACAUGAUCCGCCACCACCACAGAUCACCGACCAAGAAUUUGAGGAUAUUUUCCAACGAAAUAAGACUGUAUCCAGCAGUGCUAUAAAUCGUGCAGUGCAGGAUGCUAGUUCAGGAGACUUCCCUAGUGCUAUAGAGACUUUGGUAACAGCCAUCUCUCUGAUAAGACAGUCCAAGAUUGCAGCAGAUGACCGCUGCAAGAUUCUCAUCAGUUCUCUCCAGGACACACUUCAUGGCAUUGAAGAGAAAUCCUAUGGAUCAAGAAGUAGCAGGCGCUCCAGAUCAAGAGAUAGGGAAAGAGAGAGGGAUAGGGUGGAGAAGAGAUCUCGUCAUCGCUCACGUAGCAGGGAGAGAGAUUCCCGUGAUUAUCGGGAGCGUUCCAGGGAGAGAGAUCGUGAAAGGGAUCGACACUAUGAUGACCGCAGAGAACGGGAACGUGAGCGAGAACGCAGUGAGAGAAGUGACAGAGGAGUGGAAAGAGAGAGAGAGCGCAGUGAAAGAGAGAGAACUGACAGAGAAAGGUCAGAAAGGGAGCGCACUGACCGGGAGAGAGCAGAACGGGAGCGCACCGAUAGAGAAAGAGUAGAACGGGAGCGCACCGAUAGAGAAAGGGUCGAACGUGAACGCACUGGCGGCGAUAGAGAAAGGGUGGAACGUGAACGGACUGACAGGGAGAGAGCAGAAAGGGCAGAACGUGAACGCACCGACAGAGAGAGAGCAGAAAGGGUAGAAAGGGAGCGCACUGACAGAGAACGGAUAGAAAGGGAACGAGGUGAACGUGAAAGAGGCGACAGAGAGCGAGAUUACACAACCAGCAGCAGUAGCAGCAGUCGCAGACAUUAA